AUGUCUUCAUCCAACCCACUUACCUCAAUUUUGAACCAAAACAAGUUAGAAGGACAGAAUUAUGUUGACUGGAAAAGAAACCUUGAUAUUGUCCUAACUACUAAAGGUUACAAAUUUGUUAAGGCCAAUGACAAAUGGGUCAAGGCUGAUGAGAUGGCGCGAUGUUACAUUCUUGCCUCUAUGGCGAAUGUUUUGCAACAUCAGCAUCAGUCUAUGGGAUCUGCUUACGACAUGCUCGAAAGUCUCAAAGAGAUGUUCAGUGAGCAAAAUCGUGCGGCUAACCAGACUGCCAUGAAAGCCCUUUUGAACACCAAGAUGGAUGAAGGAUCAUCGGUCAUGGACCAUGUUCUGAAGAUGAUGAGUCUUCUGAAUGAACUGGAGGUCCUUGGAGCUGUGAUUGAUAAGGAAUCUUAA